AUGCGUCGCUCAGUGCUUAAGCUGAAAGAACAAUACCAGCUCAGCUAUGAACUACCCCAUGAAGCAUACGCAUCGCAUGUCUACCCCCGUCAAUCGUCCAAUGGCUCCACGGUGGUCGUCUACGGUCACGAGCAAGGCCUGCGCAUCGUUUGGUACGCUGGGAAAGGUUUCAAAUCCAAGAGAGACACGCCGGCUCCGAAAGUCAACGGAACUUCCAAGAGCGGUCCCAUGGUGAUCGACCUGGACGAUGAUAACGAGCCGACAGCAGCGGAGGAUACAGCAGCGCCGGCCGAGUUUGAAGAGGACGAAGAGGAAGUCGACCCAUAUGCUCCCUACCGGGAUGUGGUACGCUACAUCGAUAUUCCCCUGGGUACACCAGCAACUCGGAUCGCUGUACCACAUAUUGCAAAAGACAUCGACCAAGCAUCUCGGGAAGCAUGGCCUGACAUCUACAACGACCGUAUUGUUGUCGCCGCAGCCUGCUCGGAUCUCGCGCUUCGAAUUAUAUCCGCACCUCUUGACCCUCUUGCGCCAGAAGUCCAGGAUGCCUCCAAGAUGAAUAUCCAAGUGGUCAAGUUUGAAGGCGUGAAUUCGCACCAGCAAUUCAUCUCGGACAUCGCCAUUACGCAUACCGGGACUCCCUCGGGUGAACAGGAAGGCGUCGACGCGCAAACUCAAUACAGGCCUCAAACCCGCUCACAGUCUCAAGCUCGGCAAGAGCCCGAACACAAUCAUUCAGUUCAAUGGUCUUUACUCGUUGCCUCGAUAUCUUGCACUGGAUCCGGCCUGUUACUGGUUCAUCAAAUACCCAUACGAAGCGGUAAAAUCUUGUCGGGUCCCGAGUAUUCUGUUCCACUCAGGAGGACAUACCUUGCUACAUCGUCCGUGAGUGCCAAGCUGUCAUUCAAUACGUCUACGUACCCUGCAGAACGCCAUUCAUCCUUACUGGUCAUACUCCCUUCCAAUUCCACCGUCAAAAUCUACCAAGUCUUCCAGCAAACACACCCCAGGGGUCGCAGAGGAUCGAACGCAACGGACGCCUCCAUCUCCAGUACGCGAUCUACACGAACCUCUGGCACCGAUCGAGGGAGGUUCCUUAUCACCCUGCUGCCACCCUUCUGCCAACAAGACAACGAAUUCAUCCACAGAAGGAAGCAUGUCCUCGGAGCAAAGUGGGUUGCAGCCGGCCGUGCUGUCAUAGCCUUGCUUGAGGAUGGAGAGUGGGGUAUAUGGGAUCUCGAGGCAGUGGGACCAACAUCAUCUACCUCUGGCGCCAAUCUCAUUCGUGGCCAAGGGAACAUAUCUGGCAUUCAGGGCGGCUCCUGGACUCGAUUCUCAGCCAAGUCCCAAAUUAUGCCCUUCGCUGAAAUAAAGCAGAAGUCCUCACAUUCACAACCUCAGCCUACCUCAGAAUCCCUCGCGCCGAUGACUCCAUCAACCCGCAAAAUACGAUCUGAGGGUUUGUUUCACGGCUCGAAGCUCAACACUGGAGCGAACCAACCAAACACCCGACCACAUGGAUUCAUCGUCGUCGAAGAGAAGUCCUCCUCUCGUCCAUCGGUGGAUGAAUGCAUAAUUCUUAGCUAUGCCGAGGAAACCAUCUACGUUCCAUCCAUCCUUGCCUUCUGGAAAGGCGAAGCAAAGCCGGUCCGCCUUCCUAGCGUCAGACUAGGAGGCCAAGCACCACGCUCGAUCAAUGUCCUUACAACGUCUGCAUCUUCCGAUAAUCCCUUCUCCGCCACCAGCGGCUUCGCCACGACGCCAUCGACCCCUAACAUGCUCAUUCAAACAUCACACCGCCUGAUCCUCUCACUGAAUCCGCUAUCCUCAAGCUCCAGCUUAGCCAAUGCAUCUUCCCAGAAUCCCGGCCCGCCAUCGGACCAGACGCUCCUCGCAUCUGGCGACCUCGACGUAGAAGGCAUGGAUCGCGUGCUCGAGGACAUGGGCGGCGCUGUUGUAACGAAGAGGCCGAUGAAUGUAUUCACCAAAAGUGUCGGGUUUCGCAUUGACGGAGAUGACGGCGACGGCGAUGUCGAUAUGAUGGGGAGUCCCACACCUGCAAAGGCUGGACCAAGAAUCACGAAUGGAAGAAAUCUCUUUGGAGGGGAGACCCCAGUGCCAAAGAGGAAGAUCUUCACGUGA